AUGCACAAAUGGGGAUUACCUGGUGACCUGCACUGCCCACUCUGCAUGAUACAUAAUGAAUCAAGAGAUCACUUGUUUGUGUUCUAUGAUUUUGGCAAACAACUCUGGACAAGACUUCAGCAUUGGAUGCAGUCACAGCCCAUGCAUGCUUGUACUUGGGAUCAACAUCUUACUCAGGUUAUUAAAUGUGCAAAAGGGAAGACACAAAGAGCUCAAAUUUUCAAGAUGGUUUACACUGAGUUUGUGCAUUGCCUAUGGAUUGAAAGGAACAUGAGAAUUUUUAAGAAUGCUAGUAGGGAUCAUGCCACAAAUGUUAGUAGAGAUCAUGCCACCAUUGCCAGAGAAAUAGCUUAUGUUUGCUGUGUUCGAGCCCCUCCCAGAAUUAGCACUGUAAUGGCUAGUUUUCUGUUUUAG